AUGGCCGAAAAAAUAAUCGUCAUAACGCUGCCGACAGAAAAAUCAAUAAAAAUAAUAAAAUGGAAAGUGAAAGAAGGCAAUGCCAUAUCAAUUGGAAGAGUUAUAUUACUUUAUGAUGUUGUUUCGGAUAAUAAAACUGAUUUAAAGAAAUUAAAAGCAUCUCAAGCAGGUACAGUUCAUCGAAUUGUUGCACAGGAAGGAGAUGUCGUGCAUUCUGGUGGACCUUUAUUUGAGUUAAAAGAAUGUUCGCAUCCAACUGUUAUGAAAGAUAUGUGCGCAGAAUGUGGGGCCGAUUUACGAAAAGAAGAUAUGAGAACGUUGGUUGCAUCGGUGCCGAUGGUACAUUCGGUACCUGAGCUUAAAGUCAGUGAGGAGCAAGCACAAAAAUUGGGUCAAGCGGAUAACGAACGGUUACUUCGAGAUCGUAAAUUAGUACUUCUGGUGGAUUUAGAUCAAACAUUAAUACAUACAACGAAUGAUAAUAUACCUGCAAAUAUUAAAGAUGUCUAUCAUUUUCAAUUGUACGGUCCAAAAUCACCAUGGUAUCAUACACGACUACGUCCAGGCACACAUAAUUUUUUAAAGAAUAUGUCGUCAUUGUUCGAGUUGCACAUAUGUACAUUUGGUGCACGAAAUUAUGCGCAUAUGAUUGCAAUGUUUUUAGAUCAAGAUGGCAAAUAUUUUUCACAUCGAAUUUUAUCCAGAGAUGAAUGUUUUGAUCCAACGAGUAAAACAGCAAAUUUAAAGGCAUUAUUUCCAUGCGGAGACAAUAUGGUGUGCAUCAUAGACGAUCGUGAGGAUGUUUGGUCAUACGCAUCAAAUUUAAUUCACGUUAAACCAUACCAUUUUUUCCAACAUACCGGUGAUAUAAAUGCUCCACCAGGGCUAGACAAGCACGAGGCCGAUAAUCAAGAUGGUAUAGAUUUAUCAAAAAUUACAGCUUCCAGUGAAACAGAAAAUACAAAAUCAGAAAAAUCUGAAAAUGAAAAUUCAACAGAAAAUGAAAAGUCAACAGAAAAUGACAAGCCAGCAGAAAAUGACAAGCCAGCAGAAAAUGACAAGCCAAAAGAAAAUGACGAGCCAGCGGAUAAUGAAAAAGAUGGGAGCACAGAAACAAAAAGUUCAGAAAGUGAAGCUGAAAAAAAAUCUGAAACUGAAGAAGUAAAAGUAACGAAUGGUUCAGAAACUAAAGAUGAUGUAAUUGAAAUUAAAGAUCCGGAUAAUUAUCUACAAUCAUUAGAAAAAAUUUUAGCAAAAAUCCAUAAAGCAUUUUACGAAAGUUACGAUCGUAUGGAAUCGGGUAAUGUACCCGAUCUUAAAUCAGUAAUACCAACUGUGCGUAGUAAAGUACUGUUAGGAACAAAAUUAGUGUUUAGUGGACUUGUACAAACUCAUAUACGUUUAGAAAAUUCAAAAGCGUACCUGGUAGCACGUAGUUUAGGAGCUGAAGUAACGCAAGAUUUACAACCGGACACAACACAUUUAGUUGCCGUACGAUCUGGAACCGCUAAAGUAAAUGCGGGACGUAGAAAAAAAGGUUUGUUCAUUGUUACACCCGAUUGGUUGUGGACAUGCGCUGAAUCUUGGGAUAAAGCUGAUGAAAAAUUAUACCCUUUAAGCAAUAAACCGUCAAAAAACCGACAUCCUCCUCCACAUUGCAGCAGCCCGGAACAUGUACCGAGCUACGAAGAAGGAGGAAAACCAGGAGUACGAAAGCGUACACCUAGUGGACGUUUUAUGGAUACAAUAAAUCCUCUAAUGUCAUUCUCUAGUGAUGAUAUUGCUGACAUGGAUCGUGAGGUUGAAGACAUUUUAGACGAUGAUGAAAGUGAAAGUGAUGGCGAAAGCGAUAAAAAACCAAAACAAAUUGAAAUUGAUGCAAUCACCGAAGAAAAUACGCAAGAGAAAAUAUUACGCGACUUAAAAAAAGCUAGCGACACUGAUAAAGAAAGUAGUACAUCUGAUGAAUCACUUUCAGAGGAACAUCCAAAAGGUUGGCGAAAACGGCCACGCAAUUUUGACGAUAGUGUGGUAGAAGAAGGUGAUGAAAGUACUGUUGAUGAAUUUCCUAGUGCAAAAUUUCGUCGGGGCGAGGAAUUAUCAAGUGAUUUGGAUAUGGGCCAAGAUUCAAACAGUGAGGGUAGUGUCGAACCGGCUGAUGAAAUUGAUGAUGGCGAUUGGAAUAUGAUGGGUGCAGCACUUGAACGGGAAUUUUUGUCAAAUAAUUAAAUGUUCAGUACAAAUUUUAUCGAUUUUUUUUAGUGUUUUCGAAAAUUGCACAUUUAGAGACAAAGUGAACAAAGUUUACAAAAAAAAAACUAUUUUUUUAUGCAUUAAAAUUUUGAUACUUGGACACUUUAUUCUUCUAAAAAAAAUCUUUGGAAUUGUUGAAAAUAGAUAAAUCUAGUUUUAUAGAUACGUUAAGUUCCAGUUAUUGUACAUUGUUAAUAAGACCAUUGUUGCCAGAUGAAUAGGACGCUUAAAAAUGUGGAUAAAUUUUUGGACUUGCACGUUAAUGUAAUCAAUUCUGGCAACUCUAAAAAACGCUUUAUCGCUAUUAGGCUCUGGUAAGCCGUUUUAAAAUCGUCGGUCUAAACGAACCAAGAAAAUACUUUUAGUUUAAUAGCUAACAAAUAUUUUAAUGAUUUCCUCUAGUAUUUAUUUUGAAAAUAGCUUAAGAGUUCUUUGUGAAUAUAAAUUAGAGAAUUCACGAUGCACGUUUUGGCUGUCUUUUGAAAAAAAUAUUUUUUUUAAACAUUGAUUCAGAUAGUUUUUGACAGUUAAAGGCAGAUUAGUGGUGGUGAUUAAGGUUAAAGUAAUAGGGUAUUCCACUAUUUUUGAAAAAGUACUUCAAAAUGUUGAUAUUGCUAAUAA